AUGGGUAAAACAUCUAAAUCCACAAAGAAGUUUCAAUCUAAACAUUUGAAACGUACCUUAGAUCAUCGUAAAGAAGUCAAGAAACAUAAACAAUUAGUUGAUAGACGUAAGAAGAAGAAUGGUGGUGAUCAAGAUGGUGAAGCCAGACCUGCAAAGUCUAAUGAAAUCUUCGAUGAUAUGAAUGUGGAAGAAUUUUUCGAAGGUGGAUUUGAAGUUCCUAAAGAACAAAAGGGCAAAAAGACAGAAUCUAAGAAACAAAAAAAGGAAGCAGAGGAAGAAGAUGAUGAAAGCUCUUCUGAAGACGAAGAAAUCUUGGAACAUCAAGAUGAUUUGUCUAAAUUGGCUGAAAAAGAUCCUGAAUUUUACAAGUAUUUACAAGACAAUGAUAAAGAUUUAUUAGAUUUCAACCCAACUAAUCCAUUAGAUGCCAUUAGUGAUGAUGAAGAUGGUGAAGGUGAAGAUGAUGAGGAAGACCAAGUUGAAAAGAAGGUUUCCAAGAAGGCUCAACAAGAUGAAGAAUCAUCUGAUAAAAUUGAAGUUACUGUCAAGCUUGUAAAAGAUUGGAACAAAAAGUUGGAAGAACCAAGCUUGAAAUUAAUCAAAAACAUUGUCUCAGCAUUCAAGUCCGCUGUUAACGUCAAUAAAGAAAACCAAGAAUACAAAUAUACAGUCACUGAUCCAAAAGCAUUCCAAGAAUUGAUUUUCUUAGGUUUGAAAAAAAUCCCAAUUGCUGUCCAAAAAUUAGUUCCUUAUAAAGUUGUUAAAAACUCUAGAACUGUUCCAAAAUCAACAAAAGUUAAACAAUUAAACACAAUUUUGAAAUCACAUGCUGGUUCAUUACUUACGUUAUUGAAUGAUAUUACAAAUACCGAAACUGCUGCUUUAGUUUUAUCAUCUGUUCAAGAAUUAUUACCAUUUUUCAUCAGUUUUAGAAGAUUAUUGAAAGAAUUAAUCACUGCAGUUGUCAAUGUUUGGUCAACAACUUCUGAAGUUGAAACUCAAAUUGCUGCUUUUGCAUUUUUAAACAAUUCAUCAAGAGAAUUUUCAAAAUCUAUCUUGGAAACUGUUUUGAAAUUAACUUAUUCAUCAUUUAUUAAAAAUUGUCGUCAAACAAAUAUUCACACCAUGCCAAUGGUCAAUUUCCAAAAGAACUCAGCUGCUGAAUUAUUUGGUAUUGAUGAGCCAUUAGCUUAUCAAAUCGGGUUUGAUUAUAUUCGUCAAUUGGCUAUCCAUUUGAGAAACAGUAUCAACAACACCAAAGAUGGUUAUAAAACUAUAUAUAACUGGCAAUAUGCUCAUUCCUUAGAUUUCUGGUCAAGAGUCUUAUCAGUUCAUUGUAACCCAGAAAGAGAAAUCAAGAAAGAAAGUCCAUUGAGACAAUUGAUCUACCCAUUGGUUCAAGUUACUUUAGGUGCUGCUAGAUUGAUCCCAACUGCUCAAUUUUUCCCAAUCAGAUUUUAUUUGAUUAGAUCAAUGAUCCGUUUAUCUCAAAAUACUGGUGUUUUCAUUCCAUUAUUUCCAUUAUUACAAGAAAUUUUGAACUCAACUACAAUGACUAAGAAUCCAAAGAACUCAAACUUACAAGCUUUCGAUUUUGAUCAUAACAUUAAAGCAAAUUCUGCUUAUUUGGGUACUAGAAUGUAUCAACAAGGUGUUUGUGAACAAUUUGUUGAUUUAGUUGGUGAAUAUUUUGUUUUAUAUUCAAAGAGUAUUUCAUUCCCAGAAUUAGCAACCCCUGUUACUAUUUCAUUGCGUCGUUAUAUAAAGUCAUCCAAGAAUGUUAAAUUCAACAAACAAUUAUCAAACUUGGUUGAAAAAUUGAAUCAAAAUAUUGAAUUUAUACAACAAAAAAGAGCUAAUGUUGAAUUUAGUCCAACCAACAGAGUUGAAGUUAACAAAUUCUUGAUCGAUUUCAACUGGGAAAAAACUCCAUUAGGUGGUUAUGUUGUUGUUCAAAGACAAGUUAAAGAAGAAAGAGCUAGAAUUUUGAGAGAAAGUUUGUUGGAGGAUGAAGAAGAACGUAAGAAGGCUAAAGAAGUUAAAGAUAUGGGUGGUGACAGUGAAGAUGAAGAUGUUGAUGAAGCUAUGGAAGAUUUGGAAAGUAGCGAGGCCGAAGAAGAUGAAGAAUAG